AGUUCACUUUAAGUCAUGGAUGGUCCAGCACCAAAAGAGAUACAGCUCAGAGGAGUACCAGCGCAGGCUGCAGACCUUUGUCGGCAACCGGAGGAGGAUAAGCGCCCACAACGCUGGGAACCACACCUUCAAAAUGGGACUGAACCAGUUUUCGGACAUGAGCUUUGCCGAAAUAAAACACAAGUAUCUUUGGUCGGAGCCUCAGAACUGCUCAGCCACCAGAGGUAACUACCUGCGGGGCACUGGUCCCUACCCACCGUUUGUGGACUGGCGCACAAAGGGGAAAUAUGUCUCGCCAGUGAAAAAUCAGGGCGGCUGCGGCAGUUGCUGGACCUUCUCCACCACGGGGGCCCUGGAGUCCGCCAUCGCCAUCAAAACCGGGAAACUGCUGUCUUUGGCGGAACAGCAGCUGGUCGACUGUGCCCAGAACUUCAACAAUCAUGGCUGCCAAGGGUGCGUCCCUGCCCGGGGGCCCAGAGCCCCCCUCGUUUCCCACGACCGCUUCUCCUGGGGCCGAGCCUCCCUCACCCGUGUUCCACACCGUUUGCCUGAACAGGACGGGGACUGCAAAUUCCAGCCCAGCAAGGCCAUUGCCUUCGUGAAGGACGUAGCCAACAUCACAAUCAAUGACGAGGAGGCGAUGGUGGAGGCGGUGGCCCUGUACAACCCCGUGAGCUUUGCCUUCGAGGUCACCGACGACUUCAUGAUGUACAGAAAGGGCGUCUACUCCAGCACUUCCUGUCAUAAAACUCCAGAUAAAGUAAACCACGCGGUACUGGCUGUUGGGUAUGGAGAAAAAGAUGGGAUUCCCUACUGGAUCGUGAAAAACUCUUGGGGUCCCCAGUGGGGGAUGAAAGGGUACUUCCUCAUCGAGCGCGGAAAGAACAUGUGUGGGCUGGCGGCCUGUGCCUCCUACCCUAUCCCGCUGGUGUGAACCUGGACGGACGGACAGACGGACUGACGGAGGGAGUCCUGCCCUGGGCGAGGUGGCAGGGACACCGCCUGGGGCCUCGCCCCCGGGCCCUGCCUGCAGGCCUGAGGAGGAGGAGUCCCACCCGUGUCCUCUGACGCAAAGGUGGCCGCCAGCCCUGUGCCCGUAACGGACUCCAACCCAUGCGGCCGCGAACACUCUUUAUCUCCCACAGGGCCGCUUCUCACGUGUGGAGAGCGCCCGUGACGGU